AUGUCCCUCCGCCACACCGCCACCACCAGCGCAUCAAGCACACCGCGCGCGGCACCCUCAUCAAGAGCAGCAGGAACCCGCACAGGAGACAAUGAGGAAGAAGAUGAUGAAGAACCCGUCAUCGCCGGCCCCUUCGUCCUGCACCAUGGGUCCUUUAUCCUCGAGUUUCUCCGACCAAAGCCGUCGAGGCAUGCUUCAGUGUUGAUGCGAGCCACGUACAAGCAUGAUCACCCGCUGUGUCGCAAAGGCAAAGCAUAUCCUCAGGCACCACCACUCCACCUGCACUUCCAACAAUCCGAAUCGCUGGCCGUGCUCAGCGGCGAGCUCGGCACCACGACGACAUACUCACGAAUCGACACCAUCCACACACCUCAAACCACGCCUCCCGCUCGACCGCACCACAUUGCGCCGUACAUGCCUCACCAGAUCUGGCCGUCGCCGAGCGCAAAGGAAGACACGACGAUGCUGAUAUGGGCACACCCAAACCCCAAAGACAUGGACGACAAGAUGGACCGGCUCUUCUUCCAGACUCUGUUGCUGUACAGAAGACAUAUCUCCGCCACGGCUCUGGUCGUCUUGCCGGGCCUAACCUUCCUCGGGCCCCUCCGGUGGUGGAUCCCUUGGCUGUUCCAGUGUCUGUGCGCCUACCUGGCCCUGUGGCUGGGCAGGAAACCCCUGCUGAAAAAGUACAUGUCGGCCGAGGACUGGGAGGACGAGGAUGUGCAGGAGCGGAUCGGCAUGUGGAGGAAGAAGGAUCUUUGA